AUGUUGGAAUAUGGAAAUGAUGUUCGUUGGACUAUGGAAAGGGUGUAUGUUGGACUAUGGAAAGGAUGUAUGUUGGACUAUGGAAAGGGUGUAUGUUGGAAUAUGGAAAUGAUGUUCGUUGGACUAUGGAAAGGGUGUAUGUUGGACUAUGGAAAUGAUGUAUGUUGGACUAUGGAAAAGAUGUAUGUCGGUCUAUGGAAAGGGUGUAUGUUGGACUAUGUAAAGGGUGUAUGUUGGACUAUGGAAAAGAUGUAUGUCGGACUAUGGAAAGGGUGUAUGUUGGACUAUGUAAAGGGUGUAUGUUGGACUAUGGAAAGGAUGUAUGUUGGACUAUGGAAAGGGUGUAUGUUGGAAUAUGGAAAUGAUGUUCGUUGGACUAUGGAAAGGGUGUAUGUUGGACUAUGGAAAUGA